AUGUGCCGUGACGUCAUGCCACCCCCUGACGUCACGCGUGAUGGCGGCCGCGAGCUGCUGAGUCCCGCGCAUUACCCGCACCCUCCUCAGGUCGCUCGCCGCCGCUGCCGCCCCUCCGCUCCGCGCCGCCGCGGGUGUCCCUUUUGGCGGCUGACGGCAGCCGGUGAUAUGGCCAAUGCGUGUCCUCCCCACAACGACAGCAACGCCUCGCCCGGUCGCACGCAGCUGCAGGUCACCGUGGUGAGCGCCCGACUUCACGGCGUGAAGCGGAGCCUCAUCGGCGGCAACCCCUACGUGGAGCUGCUGGUGGACGGGCAGGUGGACACCUCCAAGAAGACGGAGAAGCAGAGCUUCUCUCCCAACCCUCAGUGGUCCGAGCACUUCACCGUCAUGGCGGCGCCCACGAGCCGGCUGGAGUUCCGUGUGUGGGCAUACUACCCGCUCAAGAACAACUCCCUCCUGGGCCGUGCUGUCGUCGACAUCCACAAGGAGCUGCUUGAAAAUCACGGCAGACUGGAGAACGUAUGCUGCAAGCUGCCGCUGACGGCCGAGAACGGCAAGGUGCGCAGCCCGGUCGACGAGCUGGAGGUGUGCCUCGAUGCCAUGACGGUCGACAUGGCCGCCCUGUGCGUGGGCACGGACAGCGGCGACACGGAGGUGGCCGCUGCGCUGAAGAACGGGGACGUGAGCCACGCGGGAGAGGACAAGGAGCCCGACAGCCCCCCCUCCGACACGAGCCCGGAGCGUUCCUCGCAGACGCCCCCCCCGGUCCCCACCUCCGCGCGGCCCAGACCCAAAUCCGAGGUGGACCCGUCACGAGCGGGCGAGGCGUCGGGGGACAGUACCCACGCCCGCCUCUCCAUGGUGGAGUUGGGGGUGAACGGCAAUGGGGAGGCCGGGCCCUCGGGCAGCCGCAGCAACCCGCGCCCGCGCCGGCCACCGCCGCCGGCGCCACCGGCGCCGCCCCCCACCGUGCAGGCCAACGGCACCGUGGGAACGGCUGCGGUCGCCUGCGCCACAGCCGCUGCUGGCGCUGUCCCUUUGCCCGCACCUCCUUCAGCCCCCUCUUCCGCGCCGCCCGACUUGCAGAGCCAGGACCAAACGCCGCUUCCGCCGGGGUGGGAGCAGCGAGCCGACCCCCAUGGCCGACUUUACUUCGUGGAUCACAACACCAAGACGACGACGUGGGAGCGGCCGCAGCCGCUACCGCCCGGCUGGGAGCGGCGUGUGGACGUGCGCGGGCGCGUGUACUACGUGGACCACAACACACGCACCACCACGUGGCAGCGGCCCACCACCGAGUCGGUGCGCAACUUCGAGCAGUGGCAGUCGCAGCGCAACCAGCUGCAGGGAGCCAUGCAGCUCUUCAACCAACGCUUCCUCUUCCAGACCGGAGGUUUGCCGACAGAAAACGACCCCCUGGGUGCCCUGCCCUCUGGAUGGGAGAAGCGGAUAGAGCAAGGCGGGCGCAUGUACUUCGUGAACCACAACACACGGACGACCCAGUGGGAGGACCCGCGAACGCAGGGGUACGCCGCCCAGGCCCCGACCUGCGUUCUGAGUGAGGAGCCGCUGCCCGAUGGGUGGGAGACGCGCUUCACCAACGAGGGAGUGCGCUACUUUGUGGACCACACCAUGCGCACCACCACCUUCCAGGACCCCCGGCCCGGCGCCAAAGCUGCCGGCGGGAAGGGUGAUCCCAUCGCUUACGAGAGGAGCUUCAGGUGGAAGCUCGGACAGUUCCGCUACCUCUGCCAGUCGAACGCGCUUCCCAGCCACGUGAAGAUCAGCGUCACUCGGCAAACGCUGUUCGAAGACUCCUACAACCAGAUAAUGAACAUGAAGGCCUACGACCUGAGGAGGCGGCUCUACGUAAUUUUUCGGGGAGAGGAGGGAUUGGACUACGGGGGGCCCGCAAGGGAGUGGUUCUUCCUGCUGUCGCACGAGGUUCUCAACCCCAUGUACUGCCUGUUUGAGUACGCGGGCAAGAACAACUACUGCCUGCAGAUCAAUCCGGCCUCCAGCAUCAACCCCGACCACCUCGCCUACUUCCGCUUCAUCGGCCGCUUCAUCGCCAUGGCUCUGUACCACGGCAAGUUUAUCGACACGGGCUUCUCGCUGCCCUUUUACAAACGCAUGCUUAACAAGAAGCUCACCAUCAAGGACCUGGAGUCCAUCGAUCCCGAGUUCUACAACUCCCUCAUCUGGCUCAGGGACAACAACAUCGAGGAGUGUGGCCUGGAGAUGUUCUUCUCCGUGGACAUGGAGCUGCUCGGCAAGGUCAGCUCGCACGACCUCAAGCCGGACGGCAGCGACGUCCUCGUCACGGAGGAGAACAAGGAGGAGUACAUCGGGCUCAUGACGGAGUGGCGGUUCUCGCGCGGUGUGGAGGAGCAGACCAAGGCCUUUCUGGACGGAUUCAGCGAGGUGGUGCCGCUGCAGUGGCUGCUCUACUUCGACGAGCGGGAGCUCGAGGUGAUGCUGUGCGGCAUGCAGGAGAUCGACCUCGCCGACUGGCAGCGCAGCACCAUCUACAGGCACUACAACCGUAGCAGCAAGCAGAUCUCGUGGUUCUGGCAGGUGGUGAAGGAGAUGGACAACGAGAAGCGGCUGCGGCUGCUGCAGUUCGUGACGGGGACGUGCCGCCUGCCGGUCGGUGGCUUCGCCGAGCUGAUCGGGAGCAACGGACCUCAAAAGUUCUGCAUCGAGAAGGUGGGCAAGGAGACGUGGCUCCCACGGAGUCACACCUGCUUCAACCGGCUCGACCUGCCCCCCUACAAGAGCUUUGAGCAGCUCAAGGAGAAGCUGCUGUACGCCAUCGAGGAGACCGAGGGCUUCGGACAAGAGUGACCGCCGUUCGCCUGACCCACUGCCCUCCGCCGCUCUCUGCCGCCCCUUCUUCCGUGCGGCACGCGAGCUCCGGCCCCCCGCCCACCCGCCGACCCCCCCCCCCCCCCCCCCCGCUGUUUAUCUCCGCUCGCCACCGGCAUUGGGAGUUUAUUUCGAGGUGGCUUUGCGCCGUGGUCGCGGGCCACGCGUGGACCUGCGGCUCUGCUCCUGCGGGGGGCGUCCGUGGAGAUCGCCCGCAAGGCGACUGCCUCCCGCGUGUUUAUUUUAAAAGUUUUGUGGCUCCACCUCUCCUGGGGGCGGUGCGGAGUGACCGUGUCGCUCCUCCGACGCCUGCGCUUUGCUCUCCCUGUCCGUCGUCACUGCGCAGAGGGUUUGUUUCUUUUGCCGAAUGGCCGAACUCAGGUCCAGACGCUCGAGGAGGUGGGGACCGCCUGCGCGAGUGAAUUCCCAGCAUUUGAUUUUAAACCCUCGAGAAACGUGUAUAUUUUUAUCGUAUUGUAUUAGUCGAAAGUAGGAAAGUCUCUUCUCUCUUUUCUACGUUGAUUCUUUCAGUGUUUCACUUAAAUUGCACACAGAGAUUUAAAAUUUCAUACAUGAAGUGUAACAUGCGUGUCGGUGACGUGCGUGCUGCGUGUGUGUGCGCGCACUGUCAUGCUGUGGUUCCGCCCUGUCCCCAUCACGCAAGGGGGGCAAGGUGAGUGGGACGUCAAUUUUUCGUAACGGAUCUGUUUGUAAAUGAACGCUCUGGGGGCGCGUUUAUCAGCUCGCCCCGGCUACUCGCUCUUUCACACAGAGCUCACGGACAUCCGCUUUUGGACGUGCCUCCAUGACGGUCCUCGGCAAUGAUUUACAUGUUCGACGCUGAGACUGUACAUGUAUAUAUACGUAACACAUAGUCAUUUAUCAAUAUAUAUAGAGAGAGAGAUAUAUAAGUCGCGCAAGUUGUGUACCCUUUGCAUUUUAGAGAUGAGCUUAUUUUAAGUGGGGUGGGACAUCUCUUGCACACAUUCUGUAAUAACUUGAUUUUAAUUGUGAUUUGCACAUCGAUCGUGGGGGGGCGAGUGCGGUGGUCUCGUUGCUAUCGGCGGAACAUGACGGGGCCCCCCCAAAUGCUCCCAUCUUGACCUUUGCUUGCGCCGUGACCUUUGCUCCUCCCGCUGCCCCUGUCCUCUACGUAAACUCCAGGCGAAUUUUUAUUCUUAAUGAAGAGACUUUACCGACGUGUGCCCCAAGGAUCGGGAAUAUUUUGCUGGGUUUCGUUGUCGUCCAAUAAUGUGCGUAAUCGGUGACGUCACAUGGUGGACUCUCUGCUUUAGCGACACCCUAAAAAUUCACGUGCAGCUACAAAUCUCACUUCUCUAGCCGGCUUCGGGAGGUCAGGGCGAUGCUGCAUCAUAGAGACAAACCAUUCGCGGUGAGCGCACUGCAAUGCAAGUUUUUUGACAUGACCUUGGUCUGACCCCAGGCUGACGUUUGACCCAUCAUGCUGUGAGCAGUACUGUCGGUGGUGCUGCUGCUGCAUUGGAAUAUGUACAAAGUGUAACGAUGAUGGUCUAUUACUGUAGCGAGGUUUAUUUUAAUAGGUAACCGUUUAAUAUUUUCCUAACUCCUCCGGCUGUUUCGUUGAUUGAGAACGGCCGUGCGUUUCGCUUGUGUAUAGAUGUUUUUCUUUCAAAUGUUAGCUGAUGGCUUCAUGUACGCCUACUUUAACUCCACUGCAAUAUUGAAACACAGGUCGAAGUCCGCACACUGCUGCCACCCUCCCUGCACAGCACGCCUCUCCAGCUCGAAAUACCAAGAUUCACCUGAAGGAAUCGGUCCCUCGAGUCCAUUUGAAUCCGGGCUUAAUUUGGAUUGAGCGCACAACUAGUAGUAGCCACGGCCAUGGCAAGAGCUAUACUGGAUGCGGUGUGCCGGGCGCGCAGAUCCAGACGGACCUGGCUACGAAAUUAAUCGCCGGUUUGAAUCGAUUACUGACAACAGGGUUGGGCGUCCUCGGGGUAAGCCGACUCGCCUUGGUGUGGGGUAAUGAUUGCAGAGUCGGUGGAUUGCCAUGCACCGUGGACAGUGCUGAUUGCUGCUGCUGGCAGCACGGCUGGGUUUGGGUCGGAGUUGUGUGGCAGCCGCUGUCACGGUUCCGAUUAGCACGGUUGGCUACGUACGGUGCUAAAGAGGUUCAACGUACAGGUCGCACUGUCGCUCGGCUGUUGCACAUAUCUCCUCUGAGCAACAGCUGAUGCUCAGCCGGCAACUCUCAUAAUAAAACGAGCAGGUACUCAUGGGCAGAUGUCGUAUGUCACAAGAUCUCUGUAACUUCACGAGUGUCACGUGUACAGAUAAAUGUCACAUUGCAUCGUGGCGCUGUAGACAGGACGUGUUUACCUCUUGUCUACAGCUCCCGUCUACCGCCUGCUUGCUCGUCUCUCUCACAUUCUCGCCAAUCUGUUGCUCUUUCUCAGCGGGGUCGUAGCUCGACAAGCCACACGUCAUCCGCUGGCCGCCAGAUUAAGAACCCUGCCCCAGGGAAAAAGAGUACUUGCAUGAGAAUGUUUUUAAGAAUGGGAGUCUGGGAUGGUUUUUUUUGUGUGGGCAAGGUUGAACUUAACACGAGGUCAGUGGUUCUUAACCUGGGGUGCGAGACUUUUUUUUAGAAGGUAAAUCAUCAACACAAAUUAAGCACGGGCACCUAAGUACAACUACUUUGUUUCAUCAAACCUAUGUAUUUAUUAACAUAAAUAUUUUAAUGAUUGAGAACCAAAGGGGGGAGGGGUGCAAGGCUGCAGUCAAUGUUCAGAACCACUGCACGAGGUGGAUGUGACCUCGCCUGACCUGCUGAGCGGCAGCGGCAGGGACGACCGCGGUGCCUACACUCGCUCCUUGCUCGCGGAAGUUGUGGCCGGGAUGUGCCGCGCCCCUUGCGUGACAUCGCUCUGAACGCCCGAUACAAAAAGCGGCCAACACCUGAAUAGGCCUUAAUUGCAGAGGGUGGGAGGGAGGAACAAACGGUGUUGGGAUGUGGCGCAUCCCAGCCAACCAGGUGGUGGCACCUAACCCCAAGCCAUUACCAAUUAACCAAACGACCGCGAGCACUCUCCCUCGGCGUUAAAGGCUACCUUGUUACCUGGCCUCCAGCAACUCCGUUUGGGCCACUUUCCAGUGUGUUGCUUUGUCGCUCGUGGUGGAUGAACGGGGAGGGCUCUGAGCGCGUCACCCGCGCGGUGCCGUGUGAGAGGCGCUGGGUGUGGAGGCCUCUUGUCAAAGGAACGCAUUUUCCCCUCUUUCACUCAUGCAGCGGCGAUUCCACCGGGUGAGCUGGAUUUUCCAGUGACAAAGGCUACUGUAGUUUUGUGCCUAAAGUUCGUCCACGAUGCUUAAUUCUCAAGCCCUAAAGCCCACGGAGCCAGGACAAAUAUGUGCUUGUUGGUACCACGUGGUGAGAGAAACUUAGUUUGUAUUCAUUCCCCAUAGAUCGAUAUUAUAAUUUGAGUGAAGUAACACAAUUGAUUCUUAUUGAGCAAAUUGGUCCCACUAAGUUUGUUUAUUUUCCCCAACUCGCAGUAACCAGCUUGGUGAAGUAUGGUUAAAUAGCCCCUCCACGACCCGCAUGGCAUGGGAGAUAACCUCAUCCAUCAGUGGUUUUACCAGGUGCUUGCACGUGCACGUGAGCGACGUCGUACAGAGUACGGUAAUCACCAACACUGAGGAUGACCUCCGUUCCGUAUUCCUAUGUAAACAGUAAAUGGCUCGUCAUUUGGCCUGUUGGCAUCGUUUGUUUCAGCAGUUUUGACCUUGCCGCGACCCAUAAGCUCGGUCACGGCUGCUACGCCCGGCUCGUUUUCAGUUUGCCCGCUUUUCGUGUCUGGCGCUGUCCGCUGCUCAUUGGAACUCUUUCCCCCCCCCCCUCCCCUUCUUUGCUACUGAAUAUUGACGCUCUUUGACGACUCCGCUCAUGCAUCUGUCUUGAUUGUCCUGGAGAGAUGUGGCGCCAGUGAGUCGUCCUCGGGAGUAAGUGCGGUCACCGCAGCAGCAUCUUUCGCGAUGCUUAUGAAGGCCCGUGCCGGAAUCUGCGCUGUGUGAUGAUGAUGUUGUUGAUGAGAUGGGGAAAACAACGAAGGCUGCAAACUUUGAUGAGUGGUUCUAUAACAAUUGUCUUGUACAAAUAUAAUAUACAUAUAAUUUUAUAAAGUAUCUCAAGAUUUGUUUUCUUCGAUAUAAAAAAGCCUCCGCCUCCCCGUAUCCCCCUCCUCUCCGCUAUUUAGGGAAAAGCUGUGAAUUUUAUAAAGUGGAGCGUCGUGCUGCAGGAGUGUGGAUCGUUGAGCGUGGAAAUGAGCGUCUCACUUCUCGUUUGUAACACUUUGAAACGACGCUAGACAGGUUACCUCGCGGCGCCCAUUGCUGGGAUAAUAGUGUAAAUCUAUUUUUAUUCUCUCUAAAAGAUUACCUUUUUAGAACCUUUAUCCGAAAUAAAGAUAUCACAAUCGA